AUGGAUAAAGACAACAUCGCUCGUCACAACCGAGAAAAAGGCCAGUCGUCUUCUCGCAAACGCUCUCGCGUAGAAGAAGUAGAAACCCUAGAAAAUCAGCGACGUCUCGCCCCUGCGAUCCAGUACGGCAAUUAUACUGUCAAUGAUGACACUGGCAAUACCGAAACUUCCACCACAGAGAACCUGGACGUUGUUGUUAGAGACGAGCGUCCGUCCAGCACUGAUGGAGUAAAUAAUCAAUUGACUGCUGGUACGAUGGAGGCAACCGGAUCUACUACGACGCAGGAAAAUCAGUCUGAUGACACCCCACAACUAGAUGGCAAUCAGCCAGUUGCCACGGUAAAUUCCCAACAGCCGUCGCUGAACGAUGUGCAAGAUGAAGAGUCUCGUAUCGUCCGCAUUUUAAAUGAAAGUGAUCCUGAUGAUAUCCACGAUCAUGCUAGUACGAAUGAAAGCGUACCAGAACAAAGCGGUGAAGUAGAUGCUUACGAGAUUGUUGAGACUCCUGCUGAAGACGAUGAAGCAGCCGAUGACCAAGAUCAGCCUAACAAUGGCACACCAGAACAAACCAGUCAACAAGAAGUACCACAUCCCGCACCAUCCCCUCCACAAAUGUAUUCACAACUACCACUACCAGCUAGUCAUUUGCACAAUCAUCCCCAUCCCCAUCCCCGUUAUUAUCGCAUUGCGUAUCAAGCUGCGUUCAACGAAAAUCCUCAGGAAGCUGAGUGGCAGACAUUGAGUACUACAGACGUUUCUUUGCAAGAUCAUCAGGAGCAUGGCUACCCAGAUAAUUUAAUCCACAGCUGUAGUGCUUGCCUCAGUGAACAUCUACGACGAAUAGAGCACGUCCUACGCAUUCUCGGCGAAAUGCUUUUUGUAAGUAGCUAUGAGUUCGGACCACACUAG